AUGGAGAACAUGCUUGGGAAAAUGCGAGACGAAGGUACAACCCUGCUUUCAGACACCUCUGAAGAUGUCCGCCAAAAAGAGCGUCCGCUACCCAGUUCUCCAUCCAGAGGGAAAGGUUUCCAGAACUUCGGAAAUAGCUUCGACGUGGGUAGCAAGCGCAGCUCUCAGACUCGGCGUGGUGCAUCGGCCAAACCGCGUCAGGAGGAAGACGUCGUGGAGAUCUUGGACGAAGAGUCUGGUGCAGACGAAUUGCUCUUACGUCCGGUCAAGCAGAAGGCUGCCAAGGGGAAGGACAUUGACGAAGAAGGUGUUGUCGUUAAAGGAGAGUUCCACCGCUAUCACCCCGAUUACCCCAAGAAGAAGCUUCCCGACUUCAAGAAGAAGAAGAAGACGGAUGAGGGCGGAUCGGGCGCUGGAACGUCUAAACCUGUUGCUCCCUCUGGAGUAAUAGCGUCACAGGCUAGUACUGAGAAAGUGCGAGCGCCUUCACGUCCACCAACACCUCCCUUACCUCGUCCUCCUCCACGGAAGGACAAGUCAUCGCGCCUUACCCCUAAACCUCUUCAGGAACUAGCCGACGGGACUCUCGAUUCCCCAACAACCAGCUCCUCCUCGAGUCUACAGGCAAAGGAGCCCCGGCGAAAUCCGGCACCGCUCCGGGACAUAACGUCCAACAAGCGUCGUUCUGACUCUCCCGUUCUCGUGCACUCCAGUGAAGACAAGGAUGAGACUGACACGCCGCGGCCAUCUCGUCCGAGACCUAGGCCUGCGUACAAAGUCAAGGAGGGCCAGGCUAAAGAGACGAAAGCCCAGGAGCCGCAAGUCUUCCCCCUAAUGUCUCCUCUGUCUUCCGAUAAGGGGAAAGGAAGGGAUUUCGGUGAUCGAGACGCGACCGCUAGUGUCAAGAAAUUUCCCCUUCCUCCUCCACUCACAGAUGAGAAUGAAUCUCAAACUAAGUCAAAAUCGAAGGCCAAAGGAAUGGGAAAGGAGCAGACAAAUCCUAUCACAGCGCUAUCACCACUGUCGACCCCGGUUGCGCAUAGCCGAAUCACAAAAUCAAGGUCACAGCAAGUCAUGCAAGAUUUCCCUGCUAUGUCACCUCUCUCAUCUCCUGCGACGAAACAAGAGUCUCAACCUAGACGCACUAGGGUUGCCACCUCUUCUUGGUCAAGCAUGAAGUCCAAACGCAAUUGCAGAACCAUCCUUACUUCUACUGACGAUUCUGACUCUAACCCCGACGAUAACUCUGAAGAAGACGGUUUAUCGCACAAGUGUGCUCCCUUUCCCAUGCAGACGCAGUUACUGGAGAGUAUCGGCCGUUCCCCUACCGCCAACCAUGCGUACGUGGACGGUAGUGACGAAGCAGACGAAGAGGAGGCCCGGCGUCACAGGAAGAAGAUGCGAGAGAAUCCUGAUCUCAUAUUGGCAGAGCUUAUGCGAUCCGACGACAUGUCUGACGAUGAUGAUUCUUUCUUCCUGGAUCCAAACGUGGACCCUGCCUCCUUAUGCCCAUGGUGCGACGAGAAGCUCCCUCCGGUACCUACACCCCAUCUUUCGGCAAUGAUAACCACUGCCCGCCAUGCAUCCUCACCUGACGCACGCCCAACGAAUCCGCUCGGCCUGCGUGCCCCCCUCGGUGCAUUCGUCGCGGUGUGCCAGCGCCACCGCUUCGAAAGCCACCACGUUCCGCUCGCGCAGCAAAAGGGCUGGCCGAUGGAGAUUACCUGGGAGCUCAUUAACGCGCGGGUGGAGGCGCAGAGAGCGCGUCUCCAGAAGAUCGUCCAGGACGUCGACGAACGGUUCUUGCCUGGCGCGCCGAGGGUCGACGGCGACGAAGACGAGAACGGCGACGAGGAGUUGCCUAGUAGGUCGAGGAUGAACAGUGUCUUCUGGAAGGAUGUCGUGAAGAGCGUCAGGAUGAAGGGUUCACGGCAGACUGCCGGCGUACGCGGCCAAUUCGCAAGCUUCAGCAAGACUCAGCCCGGCUACUACGGGGAACUGGGAUACUUUAUCAUCCACCAGACGAUAUAUAACUUGUUCCCGCCCACGUCGUUCGACCCCGACUCGGCGCUCCCACUCACGCCAACGGACUUCAUCCAGCUCAUCCUGGUUCCCGAGGCUGCGGUGGAGCUCAUCAUGGAGGACAUGAACCAGAGCCGGACUGACGCCAUCGAGACGCUGCGCGAGAGUGCAGAAUAUGGUGUAGCCAUGUUCCCCGAUGACCAUUCCGACGGUGCUGCCGCAGUGGAGGCUGGCGACCAGCUGGUUAUGGAGAGAGCAAUGGCAAGAAGGAAGGAACUAGAGGAGGAGGAACGACUGGAAGACGAGUUGUGGAAGGCUCGAGAAGGGAGUGAGAACAACAAGAAAGGAAAGACCCGAGGGAGGGCGAAGGGGAAGGCGAGGGCGAAGGAGAGCGAAGCUGGUGAGCAGGAUCUGGCCGGUUAUGAUGACGAUGGGAAUGCGAAGAAAGGGUGCCGGAAGAGGUCGAGGAUGACCCGUGGGCAGUCCUCCGGCGAUAGGUCAGAGAAGGACUUGGACGUGAUCAUGCUAACUGACAGUGCCGACUCGUGCUCGGAGAAACAAGUCAAGGCUACCUCCAAGAGGGGCCGUUCCAAUGGCUCAAAAUUCAAGUGCAGAACGGACCGUGGAAUGGGAUCGUCAGAUGCGGAUAUGAAUGUUGAUACUGACGGUCCAGUCGAUAGCUCUAAUCCUCAAGCGAGGCCAAGACCGAGACCAAGACCGAGGGCGCGCGAACCGGAUACACAUCUAGACAAAGGAGAGGAGAGUGAGAAUAUACAUUCAAGCCAGGAAAUAUUGCGGCCUGUUACUCGAGGCCAUAGAGGCAAGACUCAUAUACCACCUGCAAAAGACGAGGUCAUCGACAUAGACGCGACACCAAAACCAAAGAAGCGGAGUCGCAGCCCCUCAGAACCGCGUACCACUAGGGACGAGGACAAAGCGAAACAUUCCCUUUUCCCCUUGCAGGCAGCCAGAGACAGGCUAAAAGGGACUAAACGACCAAACAGAAGAGACGAAGCAGACUUAGAGAUGUGGUCACGUCAAAUGACGGAUCCUGCUACGAGCACUGAUGAGUCUGCGUAUUCUGAUACAUCGGUGGCUUCCAAGUAUUCACACCAUCCCACUCGCCACAGUCCAAAGCCUGCAGAGGACAAUUACCACUGGCUGCUGAGCGACCCCUCCACUCCAUCGACGUCACAAUCUCGUUAG